CAAGGCAGGAGGACAUGGUUAAUAGCACUAGGCCAAGACACAGAACACCUGAGUUCUUGCCUCAGCAAUCUUGCUGACAAACCAGUGCUAGGGAGAGGACCCUUAUUCUGUGGACCCAUCUUCAUCUGUAGAAAAGCAGAACUGGAGUCUGUAACCGUGGCGUUCUACACACUGUGACAAGUGGAUGGAGGGGAAGGAAAGCAGGUAAUAUACCCAGCACUUAUCAUGUUCUAGGCUAAGACUCUACUUAGCUAGAGGCAGUCUGAGCUGCAGGAAUCAUUUGACAAUGUCUGAAGAUACUUAACUGCCAAACUUAGGAGUAUGUUGGUAAAUAUACUGUUGUACACAGGACAGGUCCCCACAGCAAGAAUUAUCCUGCUAAAAACAUUAGCAACACCAGUGUUUAAUCCUGCUUUAGGGAUGGGUUCAUGGCUUGCUACCACCAUGGUAGAAAUUGAGAACUGACUCAUAAAUUGUCUUUUGACCUUCACAUGUCUGUAUGUACACACUAUGCAUACAGAUGUUAAAGAUCUCUAUUUUAAAGAAUCUCUUGGAUUUUGCAGUCAUCUGCAAUUCCAGGGAGCCUCAUACUUGAUUACUUUCCUCAGAGUCAUUUCUCACUGUUGAAGAAAUGGGUUAAUUUGUUACUGUAUCAGACUUAGUGGAGAAGCAGAACCACUGGGGGUGCAGGUGGCUAUCCAAACUCCUGGUAUACUUUGUUACAGGGAUUUGACCUGAGUCAAGAUGGUGGCUAACAGUCUGAAUAAAGCCUUUACUUUUGUGUCUGGUGAUAGACUGAAUUUUUCAGGAAGAGAGGUGAGAGAGAGAAGAUUGCUAUAAAGUGAGGGACACAGGCUUGGCUAGAACUGAGAGUUACUGUCUUAGGGCUACUAUUGUGAUGAAACACCAUGACCAAAGCAAAUUGGGAAGGAAAGGAUUUAUUUAGAUUAUACUUCCAUAUCUCUGUUCAUCAAUGAAGUCAGGACAGGAAUUCAAAUGACAGGAACCUAGAGGCUGAUGCAGAAGCACAGGUCACUUGCUGGUUUGUUCCUCAUGACUUGCUCAGCCUGCUACUAGAACCAAGGACCAUCAACCCAGGGACAGCACCACCCACAAUGGACUGGCCAUCUCCCAUCAAUCACUUAUUUUAAAAAAUGCCUUAUAGCUGAAUCGUACGGUUCCCUCCCUUCAGAUACCUCUAACUUGUGUCAAGUUUACAUAAAACCACCCAGCACAGUUACAAGCUAGGAUGCAUGCCUGUAAUCUCAGUAGAGUAAUAUAUUGCAGGAGCAGUUGGUGGUCUUUGUCAUGGGAUUGAAUAUGAUCUGGCCCAGGAGUGAGCCCCUAAAGGAAGGUCAGGAACAGGUGGAGCAGUCACAGGUCUAGCUGCUGAACUACAGCAAGGCAGCCAACCAGGAAUUGGUGCUUUGGAAAUGGAAAUGCUAGAUGACCUUGAGUCUCUGAAGUUUGAGUUUGGGAUUCCAGAGGAAGAACGGUACUGGCUGUAUUUACAGGGCCGAUAUCGGGGAUUGAUGAUCAAGGGCUGUGCCCAUGCAGCCUUCUUUUGCAAAUUGUUCUUUGCUUUAAGCAAAUUACUGCAGGAACUGCCACGCACAAUACAUCCCCGGACUGUAUCGUUUGAUGCCGCCGCUAUGGAGGAUGAGAAGCUAACCGUGGGCAUCAUUGGAUGUGGCCACCUUGGAAAGCAGCUGACUAAUGUACUGCUGAAAGUCGUCCCUGUCCCUCCUGAGAACCUGCAGAUCUCCACUAGGAGGCCAGACUCGCUGGUUGAGUUACGGAAACAAGGUAUCCGGUGCGUCUAUGACAACGCUGCUGUGGCAAGCUGGGCCAAAGUGUUGUUCCUCUGCUGUCUGCCGGCCCAGCUGCCUAACAUCUGCCUAGAAAUUCAAUCCAAACUCGAGAAGUCCUGCACCGUGUACAGCUUUGUAUCCGCCAUUCCGCUACCCAGGCUGAAAAGUUUACUGAACCACACCAAUAUCUUGCGGCCCCAGUACCAGUUUGUUGAGGAAUUUGACAACAUCUGGGGAGAGAAUGAGGAGGUCCCAACUACUCUCAAAGAUACGACGAUUAUCCGGGGUACCUGCCCCUACAAUAAUCUCGGGGGAGUCAUCCUCAACGUCAAGUGGCUGGAGGGGCUGUGCUAUGCCCUCAUCAACGUCUGUACGGCUCAGAGCGUGUUUCACUCCCAGGUGCUGAAGCUUCUAAACAAAGUGCUUCUCUCUGUGCACUUAGAAAGCUGCAAGACAGACCCAGCAUCCUGCCCCAAAUUUCAGUUAACAGAUUUCAUGAACAAAAGCUACGUCAGGAACUUGUACCAUAAAAGGCCUUUCCCCUGGUUUGAUCUGACAACUGUACAAACCAAGGAAACUCCCUUUAGCCAGCACAUCUCAGCCACUCGUUCUCUUCAGGACCAUAUUAGUCUUCUGUAUUGUGAAUCAUUUGACCUCUCCAUAAGCGAAGAAGAACUGCCUUAUAUUUCCACAGUUAUUCAACCCCUAGAAGACGACGAAUGACGGAGAGCCAUGAAUUCUGUUUGACACCUGGGUGAAGAAUAAAACUGAGAUCCUCCUCU